AUGAGGAUGAGGAAUGCAUGGCUGGAGAUGGAUGGAGGGAUGUCACAGGAAGGGAGGGAAGUCACAGGAAGGGAGAGAGGUCAACGAAUGGAGGCUGGUGGUGUACUCUUGGUGUUGUACUUCGUAUUUUCUCGUUCUUCUUGUGAUAGUAUGGAGAAUAGGAAAAAGAAAACAUUGACAGGUUUUUGCUACUGGGGCGGAGAACGGAAGGUAAACAGCAAUGGCACCUUCUUGUACAACGGUGGGAUGUGUGUAGCAGUUCUACUUGAGGAAGGAAGUCAACUUAAUGAGUUACGUGAGAAGGUUUGUGGUGCCCUUCACAUUAAUUUCAAAGGUAAAAUGUUUUUCUAUAACACGAAGAGGGACAAGACGAAGUAUGUAACAUUGAAUGACGACAAUGGUGUUGCAAUGUUGUUCCACUUGAACGAAGAUGAUGUCGACUUAUUUGUAGAAGAUUUAGGCCAGAAUAAUGACCCUAUCCACAAUACCGGUUACAAUUCAACAAGGGAAUCGAUGGUCACUGACAAUAGUAGCUCGCCUGGAGGAAUACUGGCACUACCUUCUCCCAGUCAGGUGAGCAAUAGUUGUAGCCAAGAGAUGGGGUUGGUGCCGUACUUGCCGAACAAUGCAAAUGAGAUUUUAAUUGGGAAGGGUCAACUAUUUGAAAGCCCCGACCUUUUCAAGCAAUCAAUGUUACUAUUUGUUGCAUCCAACAAGUUCAGCUUCACUUAUUUGGAUAAUAGUAGAGCCUACUAUCGAUUGUUAUGUAAAGUACUAGGGUGUCCUUGGAAGCUGACUGCAAAAUGUGAGGGUUCAAUAAACAAGUGGGGUUGCUUUUCAAAAAACCGAAUUGUGGACAAGCCUGAAUAUUUGCCGAGGGAUAUUUGCAAGGACUUUGAGCAUGUGUUCCAAUGUCAUCUAAAUUACAGUCAAGGUUGGAGGGUGAAAGAAAAGGCUAAGGAAGCCAUCACAGGACCUCCUUCGAUGACUUUCCACCUAGUCCCAUGGAUGUGUCGGCGGCUUGUUGAAGCCAUACCAAACAGUAGGGCAAUAUGGACGUCAACAGAUGAAGGCAAGUUCAAGCAACUUUUUGUUUCUUAUGGUUGCUCCAUUGCAGCAUUCCGAUCAGGUUAUCUAAGGCCAGUUUUGAAAUUGGAUGCAUGUUUUUUGACCGGAUACUAUCGGGGCCACGUUCUAUCGGCUAGUGCACAUGAUGCGAACGAUGGGUUGUACCCCCUAGCAUAUGCCAUUGUGUCUAGUGAGAAUGAUGAAGACUGGUUAUGGUUCUUGGUUAAUCUUAAGGAAGUUCUUGGAGGAUGUCAAGUCGUCUUGGUCAUCGAUCGGAAUAUUUCUUUGCUCAAUGGUAUAAUUAAGGUUUUUUGUAAUGCAUGGUGUCUCCGUCACCUAAAGGAAAACUUUAGCAAGUUCGCCAGCUCAAAGGGGUUGAAAGCUGAAAGACGAAACAUGGCUCUAAAGGUAGUUAAUGAUCUUGCAUACGCAAGGACGGAAGACUCAUUCAAGUAUCAUUUAGCAAAGUUGUAUGGAAUUUCUCCUGAUCUAUCAAAAUGGGUGGAAGAUAACAAUCCAAAACACUGGUCUAAUGCUUUUUUCCCUUACAAGAGAUGGGACAAGAUGUACACGAACCUUGCUGAAUGUUUCAAUUCUUGGAUAUUGCCAUUAAGGGAAUUGGACAUCAUACAAUUUAUGACGGGACAUGUGUCGAAGACCACUGAAUUGUUGCUCUGUAAGCAUACCGAGGUUAGGAAAUGGAAAUUGCCGGUUGGCAAACAAAUUGAGAAGGAAAUUAAGAAGUCUUAA